AUGAGAUUAUGCUCGAAAAAUACGGGUGUGAACGGUUGCACGGUGAACGCCAGUCCAGCGAGAGACGCUCUCGUCGAAAGAAGCGCCCGUAAGGUGAAGCGCCGCUGGGAUGGAUUCGUCGACUUCGCCCUCGAAGGCAACGUCCUCCAAAUCGCCUUUGGUUUGAUUCUUGCUUCCAUCUUCACCGAUCUCAUCAAGUCCUUUGUCGGCGACAUUCUCAUGUCCCCAAUCUCGGUGCUCUUGCCCAUCAACAAGAACUUUCAAGAGAAUUUUGCUGUUCUCCGGGGCGGCGACAGCUACGACCCGGAGAAGGGUUACAACACUCCGGCUCAAGCCCUUGAGGAUGGUGCGGUCGUCAUGACCUACGGGUACGUCUCAAGCGGCAGCGACAGCAAGUCCUAG